UGACUGCAGCAAGAGGAGCACCUCUGACUUCAGAAAGCAGGGACUUUCGGUGACAGCUGGCAAGCAGACACUCCCUCUAUCGAGGGACAGCUUUCAUUCAACUACAAGGACGGAUUUGGAAACAUGCAUUUACAAAUAUCCUUACUGCUGCUGUUUUGUCUGAACAUUGUCCAUGGUAGCGAUGGAUAUUUUUCUGAGAGAUACCAGAAACAAUCCAGCAUUAAGGGGCCACAUUUUCUACCAUUCAAUGUAAAGAGUCAAGGUGUGCAGAUAAGGGGUGAACAAGGACCCCCUGGUCCCCCAGGCCCUAUCGGACCACGAGGACAACCAGGACCUGCAGGAAAGCCAGGCUUUGGAAGUCCUGGUCCCCAAGGCCCCCCUGGUCCCCCAGGACCACCUGGAUUCUCUGCAGUUGGAAAGCCAGGCAUGCCAGGUCUACCAGGAAAGCCAGGAGAGAGAGGACUAAAUGGUGAGAAAGGAGAAGCUGGACCUGUUGGGCUCCCAGGAGCAAGAGGACCACAAGGACCGCCUGGCACUCCUGGCCCUGCAGGACUGUCUGUUCCUGGCAAGCCAGGACCACAAGGCCCUCCAGGAGCUCAAGGGCCAAGGGGCUUCCCCGGUGAGAAAGGAGAACCAGGUAUCCCUGGUAUUAAUGGACAAAAGGGAGAAAAUGGAUUUGGUGUUCCGGGCCGUCCAGGUAAUAGGGGUCUUCCAGGCCCUCAGGGACCCCGGGGUCCCCCCGGCCCUGCUGGGAUAGGGAAGCCUGGUGAAAAUGGUCUUCCAGGUCAGCCAGGUAUGAAAGGUGACAGAGGCUUACCAGGUGCACCCGGAGCAGCUGGUAUCCCAGGUCCCCAGGGUCCCCCAGGAGAACCUGGAGAAGCUGGCAUUGGCAAGCCUGGGCCAAUGGGACCACCAGGGCCAGCAGGCAUCCCCGGAGCCAAGGGACACCCUGGACCUGCAGGCUUGCCUGGAUCCCCAGGUCUUCCAGGAUUUGGAAAGCCAGGAUUGCCAGGAAUGAAGGGACAUAGGGGACCUGAAGGUCCUCCUGGGCUCCCAGGACCUAAAGGAGACCAAGGCCCAGCUGGUGUGUCAGGAGAACCAGGACCUGUCGGGCCACCAGGGAACAUGGGCCCUCAAGGACUCAAAGGCUUGCCUGGUGAGAAUGGUCUACCUGGACCCAAGGGUGACAUGGGCCCUGCAGGCUUGCCGGGAUUCCCAGGGGCCAAGGGUGAACGAGGUCUACCAGGAUUAGAUGGAAAACCAGGAUACCCAGGUGAGCAGGGUCUUGCUGGUCCUAAGGGACACCCAGGUUUCCCAGGUCCAAAAGGUGACACUGGUCACGCUGGGCUACCUGGCUUGCCUGGCCCAAUGGGUCCACAAGGAGUAAAGGGAGUUCCAGGGAUCAAUGGCGAGCCGGGCCCCAGAGGGCCUUCAGGAAUACCUGGGAUCCGAGGCCCCAUCGGCCCCCCUGGCCUGCCAGGAGCCCCUGGUGCAAAAGGUGAGCCAGGAGCACCAGGACUGCCAGGCCCAGCAGGUAUCGCUACGAAAGGAUUAAGCGGACCCAUGGGACCACCUGGACCCCCUGGGCCUAAAGGCAACAACGGAGAGCCCGGAUUGCCAGGCCCCCCAGGUCCUCCUGGUCCCCCCGGCCAAGUCCCACAGAUGCCCGAAAGCUAUGUUAAAGCAGGAGAGGCUUACAUGAAAGGAGGAGUAAACCAAGCUCUUACAGGGAUGCCAGUGUCUGCUUUCAGUGUCAUCCUCUCAAAAGCCUACCCUGGGGCGACAGUCCCCAUCAAAUUUGAUAAAAUCUUGUACAAUAGGCAGCAACACUAUGACCCCAGAACAGGAAUCUUCACCUGCAGGAUCCCUGGACUGUAUUAUUUCUCCUACCAUGUACAUGCAAAAGGAACAAAUGUCUGGGUUGCACUCUACAAAAAUGGCUCCCCACUUAUGUACACCUAUGAUGAGUACAAGAAAGGAUACCUUGACCAGGCUUCUGGCAGUGCUGUCAUUGACCUCACGGAGAACGAUCAAGUAUGGCUCCAACUGCCCAAUUCAGAAUCUAAUGGUCUCUAUUCCUCUGACUACGUUCACUCUUCUUUCUCAGGUUUCCUAUUUGCUCAUAGCUAAAAACAUCCCACUUACACUGUCCUGACACUCUCUCCUUCAGACCAUUUUAACUGGGUGCUGAUCUGAUUCGUCAUUAGCAGGUCAUGCCACUUCAAUUUUGCAACAGAAACGGAGGGAGUGAGAACGUGGAAGAGAUUGGUUCAAACUUAGUAGAAUAAUAUUGUAUGUUUUUAGAGAAUUGUCAUAAGAAAUUUGUUUCAAAUAAUGAUCAAUUGUCCAACUGAAUGCAACAUUAAAAUUUUAUGAAUUAAUAUAA